AUGGCAGAAUUAAUACAAUUUUCUGAGACAAAUUUUCCACAUGAUUUCUUAGAUCAAGAACCUUAUACUCUUAUAUAUGAUCCUGGUAAGAAAAUCCGUGAUCAUCGUACGGAACUUGCUCCGUUUGAUUCAAUUGUCAAUGUACAUUAUGAAGUUAAUAGUUUAAUCAAUGAAAUAUGGAGAUCAAGGAAUAAACAAUUAUUUCUUACGUUAAUACUUCCUAAUACAACUGAUAGCGGCGUAAGACAAUUUUUAUCGGACCAUAAUAUAUGCAAUCAAGAACAUUUACAUUCAUUAUUUUUAAUAUUUCUUAAUGGUCUUCGAUGCCAUCAUGAUUGGAUGAAUUCAUUAGAAUUACGUAGACUUCGAUGGUGUCGAUCAUGUACAACUGAAUUAAAACGAGAUCUUUAUGAGGUUUGUCGGAAAGCUUGUGAUGAACAUAUCACUUUCUAUAGGCAACAAAGGCUAUUAGCUGAAGACGGUGGUCUACAGCGUAAUGGCUAUAAUGUUGCGGAUUUUGUCGAAUUUUAUGGUCAACGAGAAAGAUAUUGUUGCGAUCUUCUCUCUAGAUUUCCAUAA